GAGCUUGGGCGGCAAGGCAAAAAUAGCGCGUUUCUUUUCUUCGGUUCUCUGGUUUUCCUUGACGAAAAUUGGAUAUGGGUCUUUGUCUGAAAUUUGAAUGAACGAUUCUUUUACGACAAAGCAUAGUAAAACCAUGCCCGUUUCUCGAUUUAUUUUCUUCUCCUCCAAACGCCGCUCCACAGAUGCUUUUAACCUACUUAAAAGGUGUCAUCCAUCUAGGAGAGUUCAGACUUGUAACUAUUCGAAAUCAUCAGGAUACAGUAAUGGAAAGACACGUAUUCAUCCUGUAAUACCUGUAGAAACACGGGCUCCUCGCUCAUGGGGUGCUUAUGUCAUUCCAGCUGCUAUACUUGGAUUUGCUGGGCUAGCAGCUUUUGUUCAUUAUAAUGAUGAGAGACGAGCAAUUUUGAAAGGCCAGGGCAGCAAAUCUGGUGGAAAUACUGUCAGGGGGCCAACAAUUGGUGGUCCAUUCACUCUAAUUGAUACUAAGAAUCAGAUUGUUACUGAGCAAGAUUUUCAUGGAAAGUGGGUUCUCCUCUACUUUGGCUAUACUUCAUCCCCAGAUGUUGGGCCAGAGCAAGUCCGGAUUAUAGCCAAGGCUGUAGAUAUAUUAGAGUCAAAAUAUCAUAAUGAGAUUCUACCGGUGUUUGUCACAAUCGAUCCUCAACGAGAUACCGCUGCACAACUUCGUGCUUACCUUAGAGAGUUUGACUCAAGAAUACUGGGAUUAACGGGCCCUGUAUCAGCUAUUAGGCAGAUGGCGCAGGAGUAUCGUAUAUUCUUCAAGAAGAUAGAAGAGGAGGGUGAUGAUUAUCUUGUUGAGUCUUCCCAUAAUAUGUAUCUUUUGAACCCAAAAUUGGAGGUUGCGAGAUGCUUUGGUGUCGAGUACAAUGCGGAAGAACUGUCAGAGGCAAUAACAAAGGAACUGAGGAGUACCCCAUCUUAAUGGCUCCAAGUUUUUAAUAGGUUGCCAAUACUUCUAUGCUAUAAGGGAAAAUAUUGUAUUUUGGACAUCAUUCUGACCUCAUCUUUAUUUUUGUGGUCAUUCUUUUUUCCUAUAAUUUUUGAAAUUUCAAGUUCAUGCUCCCGAGUUAGGCAGCAGUA